ACUGGAUGCAGCACGUGAAUUUCUGGCAUCAAAAUAAAUAAAAAAUAAUUAUAAUUAAGAAAUGAUUUCCUCCUCUGAAGAUCACAGUUCAUCUGAUGACGAUGAUGAGCAACAAAGAAAUGAAAUACGCGAAGAUCUUAAAUCCAUGUCUUUUGAGGAAAUCAUGAAACUCAAAGAGGAAUUGGGAUCGAAGAUUUACAAGGAGGCGGUUUUAGGAAUUGAAAAUCGCUCUAAAAAUGCCAAGUUGAAAAAGGAUAAACAAGAUUUCAAACGUCUGAAUAAAAAUCGCCCUAGGGAACAGACUUCAACGCGUCAGGUCCCAUUUCUAGGCGCUGAAAUGCGUUUGAAGCGUAAAAAGGACCAUGACAUAAGAGAUCCCAGGUUCGACGAAAGGGCAGGUGACUAUGAUGUCAAAAAGUUUAAGGAAAAUUACAAAUUCGUUAGUGAAAUACGUGAAAAAGAGGUGCAGCACUUGAAGUCGGCAUUAAAUAAGGCCACUGAUGAUGAAGAAAGACAAGAUAUCAAAAAAACCAUACAGAGACUUAUAAACAAAAAUGUGGAGGAAAACAAGUGGCAUCAGAAACAACAGCAACUAAAGGAAGAACAAAAAGAAGUACAAAAGGCAAUAGCCGAAGGAAGACAGCCUCAUUUUGUUACGAAGAAGGAAAGAAGAGCAAAAGAGUUGGUUGCACAAUUUGAGGAUUUAAUGGAGAAGGGAAAACUAACCAAACAUCUGGAAAAACGCCGCAAGAAGAAUGCAGCUAAGGAUAGGAAAAGAAUUGGAUUUGACUAAAGCUUUCUUAACAAUGUAUAGACGUAUAUUUAUAACAAUAAAAUAUAUCAAAUUUUACUUUAA